AUGCUGAAAACCAAGUUCCUUUGCAGGGUAGGAGAUGACGGUAUUACAGCGAUUCUUCCCAUACAUGAGAGUGCAAAGCUCAUAGUUUCUAAGAAGUCAGGAGACGUGCUUGUGUACUCAAGGGAUGGAAGCGGCUUGAAGUUAUUUCAAACUUACCACAAAUUACUUCAUAGUACCCAUGAAGACCUCACGGUUAACGCCCUAUUCUACUCUGCUGGACUCAGCACUGUAUUUGCUCAAAGUGAGAAGACCAUUGCCCUACUGAAUAGCAGCAACUUGAAUCAGUUUGACAAAAUCGUUGACAAAAGAGGGAUCCGUCAAUGCUGGGUGUUUGAAAAACCGACUAGGAAUGAAACAAGCAAAACAGUACUCGUAUAUCUUCCCAAAAAGGUGUCAAAACUUAAAAUGUUCAUUUGGAAGGGUCAUUCCUUCAAAACCGUCCAAGAGGCGACUUUGACAAGCAAGAAUGAACUUGUAUCCUCUAUCGAAUUAGGAUCUCAUGGUUUAUAUAUAACUUCAAACAUUGGGGUAUAUUAUUGGAGGCUACAAGACUUUUCUCUCAUCCGUGUGGAUAAAAUAGUAGCCCCCAACUGGCCCAGAGAUCUCCAAGGUGCCCUGAAAGAACUUGAGCAAUACGUCCAUCAGUCGCAUGACUCAAAUGAUGCAAACUCAAAAACUAACUAUUCAGUUAUAACGAGAAAGACAAGCCUUACUAGUUUCUUUCAAAAAGUUGAAAACAAGCACAAAAUAAGUAGAGCUAGAUUUCUUUUCCAUCCCGAUGAUAGAAGAAUGCCAGUUUUAAUUGACGGGAGAACUGAAAAACUUUUUGAAAUAUCAAUUGGCGAAUCUCAUCAGCCAUUUUUGACUGCAUAUGACCAUUCAAGCUUUGCCCAGUUAAAUCGGGAAUUCGACAGAAUCCAGUUUCUCACUACAAGGUUUCUUUUGCUCAGUAAUUCACAUUCAUUUCGUAUCGUCGACUACUUAAAUGGGUAUAAUUACCUUGAUCUGACUAUAAACGAUGGAAUCAAGCAGAUAGUUGGAACUGCGGGUACAUUUUUGAUUGUUUGGACCGGCAAAGAUGAUAUUGAGCUUUAUAAACUUUACAUUAUGGACGACUCUGAUAUACCAUUUGGGGAGGACGACUCGUUAGAAAUUGAAGACAAUGGAAUGGUGAGAUCUUUGAAGAAGAUAGUUUUCUGCGAAGCAAUACUUUCUCCAGACAACCAAUUAGCCCUAUGUGAAGAUCACAAUUGUGAUGACGUUGAUGGCCUUUUAGAUUUAUACGCUUUAAAACUUCGGGAUCUUACUGUACUCUGGUGUCUCAGAUGUUUCGAACAGUGUAAUAAGUGGUUUGGAUGUAGAUCAAAGGAACACAAGACAGGGUUACGGUUCGUUGGUCUACAAGAGCUAAUUAUAAAGCAUAUUUUUGACAAAUUUAUCAGUUUUUUAGCUCCUCCUGAAUUGGUUAUAUCCCAUUGUUUCCCACUUGACGUUAUUAGAUUGGUAGAUGAUGCAACGACAUCAAAUUAUUCCUUUAACAAAGAUGAAAAUAUACAAAGCAUUCCGCCAAUGUACAUAAAUAAGUGGUGCUUACCGUAUCUUACUGAUAUGAGAAGGAUUUUGCGAAACCUUUCCCGAGAAAAAUCAAUUAAAUGGUCAUUGAAUAAUAGAGAUAUAAUCGUUGGAAUAGAAUUCUUUCAGGUCGAUCAGCAUAAGGAGCUUGACGUACAAUCUCUUCUAACUAUUAUUGAUACAGCAUUAUUCAAAUUGUAUUUGGACUAUAAUCCAGUACUGGUGGGGCCCUUUACUCGGGUUGAAAAUAUGUGCGACUUCGAAACGGUGGUAAAUGAGCUAAGCAGCCACCAGAUGAUCCAUGAAUUAGUUGACUUCUAUUAUCACAGGCAGAAACAUGAACUUGCUCUGUCGCUUCUGACCCAUUUAGAACAACGGGUUAAUAACUCCAAAGCACCAGAUGACUUUGAAAAUAACAUAAAAGCACUGAUUAUCGAUUAUCUGAGUAAGUUGCCCGAUGAAUUUUUGGACACAAUUUUUGAAUACACAAAUUGGUUAUUACAAAAAUUUCCAUUGGAGAAAGAUGUUAUAAUUAGCAGCGUUUUCAUGAAUCAAACGACCAAUUGCUCGAAUUUCAAUUAUUUCAAGGUUUACGAUUUUAUUGACUUAACUGAUAAAGCAGUAUCUCUAAGAUAUCUUGAAUUUGUAAUUGAUACGUUCCAGUCUCAAGAUAAGAAACUUUAUAUGAUUCUGAUAAGGAGAUAUCUUGAAAAUCUGGGUGACACAAGAACCUCUAGAAAGCUACAUGCUGUAUUAAGAAAUACUCAUUUGUAUGAACCGCGAACUGUUUACAGACUUCUUUGCGAAGUUGAAGAAAAAGAUGAACUUGACCCUACGCAAAUGCAGUCACUUCAAAUCCUGAAAACUUACCCAUUGAAGAGGCUAGGUGACCAUGAGAGAGCGUUAAACAUUUUAUUUGACAAGUUGGGUAACUAUUCACUAUCUUCGUCUUAUUGUAAUGAUGUUUAUGUCGAAGACCAAACAAUGGGAACUAAACUUUUAAUGCAAUUCUUCGACAAAAUAUUAAAAAUGACUGAAAACAGCAAUCCAAACAGCAUUAUAUCGUUUCUCCAGGAGCAUGGCUCAAAAGUUGACGAAAUAAAGAUAUUGAAUAAACUCCCCAAGGAUUUGCUUCUCAAAGAUCUCAGCCAAAUUUUGUCUCAUAGGCUUAAAUCCUUGUCAGUGGAAAAAAAUGAUCUGAGAAUAAAGAGGAACCUUCUACAAGUAGAAUUAGUUGAUAAAAGCUAUCAAUUGAAUUGUAAGCUCUCAGAAUAUGUUAUUGUUGGCGAAGAAAGGAAAUGCUUUGUAUGCCACAAAGUGUUGAAGAGUAACCCAAGCGAUAUCUAUUUUUUGUUUGAUAUAGACAACAAAAGUGUAGUGACGCAUUAUAACUGCGGGAAGUCUUUGCAAGAGACAAGGUCGCUAAAUAGGACCCGAAACUCACCUAAGAAAGCAGGAGAAUUUCUAAAAUCAAUAUAA